GGGAAUAGGAUAAAUAAUUAAGAUUGUAUUUCAUAACUACUUUUAUUUUUAGUCUGUGCUUUUCUAUUAUUUAAUCUGUGGAUAUGUUAUCUGUAGACUGUAAAACGAUCUAUGUUGUCUAUGACUUGACUGUGUGUUUUUUGGUACGAUGUAAUGGAGGAUUGUUGAAAUGUAUUUUUGAUAUGUAACCGGUGUCUGGGAAAUAAAUCGAUUGGGCGAAUUUGGCUUUUCAUUUACACCAUCCCCACAUAAUUUGGGGGUUCGUCCGGGAUACGGGAUGGUGGAAUAAAGAAAAAACAGACGAAGACUAUGAUGCCGGUGAUUUAACCUGAUUAAGAAUUUACGAAUUACGAACGAAGACUAAGAUUUAAAGAAGCUUAUGAUUAUACGAUUACGACUUGAAGACUAUAAAACUUUUUAUUUACAUUAUUCAACAUGCCGCCGAAACGAGUAAAAGAUGAUGAUGAUUGUGGUGAACCAUCGCCGCGUAUUUCCUUCAAUGACUUAGAGAAAUCAAUGACGCCAUUUUCGGGUGAUGAUGCCUAUGGCAUCGAAACAUUCGUAAAAGAUUUUGAAGAUAUUUCCUCUUUAAUGCAAUGGGGCGAAAUAGAAAAACUCAUAUUUUCGAAGCGGCUUCUCGCGGGAACCGCCAAGCUAUUUUUACGUUCACUAAGUGGGACCACCACGUGGGAUACACUUAAGUCUGAGCUCCGUGAGGAAUUUGGUAAGAAGUUGAACAGUGCAACUGUUCACAAGAGACUUUCAACUCGCCGGAUGAAGAUGAAUGAGACUCAUCAGCAAUAUUUUUUACAUAUGAAGGAACUUGCAGUACUUGGGAAUGUUGAAGAUGAAGCCCUGAUGGAAUAUGUCAUCGACGGUAUUAAAGACAGAAGAUUCAAGGUGAAAAAUUGUUAUCUUAUAGUUCAGGAACAACAGAAACUUUAACUGGAAUAGCUGAAAAGGAAAUUUAUACAAAAGGAUCUUUCACAGCAAAAAUUGAAAUUGAUGAUUGUUAUUUUGAAACUUUAUUUUAUGUUGUUGAUGAUGGCGCUAUCCCUGUCAACAUUAUAUUAGGAAAUCCUGUACUGAAAGAAGUAGAAAUCAAUUUUAAAUCUGGAACUAUCACUGCAACAAGAAUAUUACACCUUACAAUGCUAGAGAAUGAAAAUGAAGAUAUCACAAAUAUUGAAAACAAAGAAUAUAAGAAUAAAAUACAGAAUAUUAUAAAAGAAUAUAACCCCAAAAGAUGUACUAAAGAAUCAAAUGUAAAACUUAAAAUAUUAUUAACCGAUGAUGUACCAGUUUAUCAGAAUCCACGACGAUUGUCACCUUUGGAGCUUAACAUUGUUGACAAACAGAUUAAAGAAUGGCUUGAUGAAGGAAUAAUAAAAACAAGUAAGUCUGAUUAUGCUAGUCCAAUAGUGCUUGCAAAAAAGAAGAAUGGAAUGUUAUGGAAGAUUAAGGAUGGAAAUAAAUUAAUGGUUGUACCUAAGAAAAUGCAAAAUGAAAUUAUAAGAAAACAUCAUGAAAACGGACAUUUUGGUUGUGUUAAGACUGAGGAAUUAAUAAAUAGAAAUUAUUAUAUGGAGAAUUUAAAAGAAAAGAUUAAAACAAACAUUGAUAAUUGCGUGGAAUGUAUACUUAAUUCAAAUAAAAGAGGAAAGAAGGAAGGAUUUCUAUAUGUAAUAGAUAAAGGUGAUUUACCAUUGUCUACUUACCAUAUUGAUCAUCUACGACUGUUGACUCAUCUGGGACAGAUGAUUCUGCAGGAUGACCGUGUGGGAAUAGGAUAAAUAAUUAAGAUUGUAUUUCAUAACUACUUUUAUUUUUAGUCUGUGCUUUUCUAUUAUUUAAUCUGUGGAUAUGUUAUCUGUAGACUGUAAAACGAUCUAUGUUGUCUAUGACUUGACUGUGUGUUUUUUGGUACGAUGUAAUGGAGGAUUGUUGAAAUGUAUUUUUGAUAUGUAACCGGUGUCUGGGAAAUAAAUCGAUUGGGCGAA